AUGCUUUUCCCAUUUUGUGAACCCAAAAAACAAAACUAUUGGAUCCAACGCGCGCGCGCACACACACUUAACACUCUCUCUCUUGAUCAUUCUCUUUGCUCUCGAUCUCUAUCGCCAACUUCCUUCCCUGUCGGACAGAUCUUGUGUUCGUUGAAAGGCAAGAUGUCGGGGCAAACGCAGCGUCUGAACGUGGUCCCCACCGUGACGAUGCUGGGAGUGGUGAAGGCGCGUCUGGUGGGAGCAACGCGUGGCCACGCGCUCCUGAAGAAGAAGAGCGACGCGCUCACGGUGCAGUUCCGCCAGAUCCUGAAGAAGAUCGUGUCCACCAAGGAGUCCAUGGGCGACAUCAUGAAGACCUCGUCGUUCGCGCUCACCGAGGCCAAGUAUGUCGCCGGCGACAACAUCAAGCACGUCGUCCUCGAGAACGUCCGGGAAGCCUCCCUCCGCGUUCGCUCGCGCCAGGAGAACGUCGCCGGCGUCAAGCUCCCCAAGUUCGAGUACACCUCCGACGCCGACGCCACCAAGAGCGACCUCACCGGACUAGCCCGCGGAGGCCAGCAGGUGCAGCAGUGCCGCGCCGCCUACAUCAAGGCCAUCGAGGUUCUCGUCGAGCUCGCCUCGCUUCAGACCUCGUUUCUCACUCUCGAUGAGGCCAUCAAGACCACGAAUCGUAGGGUUAAUGCUCUUGAGAAUGUGGUGAAGCCGCGGCUGGAAAAUACGAUUAGUUACAUCAAGGGGGAGUUGGACGAGCUCGAGAGGGAGGAUUUCUUCAGGCUGAAGAAGAUUCAGGGGUAUAAGAAGAGGGAGAUUGAGAAACAGAUGCUGUUGCAGAAAGUUGAGACUAAUCUCCCUUUGCGCAAAGGGGUUUCGUACAAUGCCUCUCAAAAUUUGUUGUCUGUGGGUGAGAAAGAUGAGGAUAUUAUUUUCUGA